CACAUUUUUUUGCAAUAGAUUUGUCAAUGAAUAUCUCCUCAGUUAAUUUGAUGAAUAUCUCCUCAGUUAACUGCGCUACUGUUGAGAUCAAAAAGCCAAUAACCAAUUCUGUCAUUUAAUUCUUUUCAGACCAAUUCGUUUAUUACCAGAAAAGUGUUUUCAUAUUUUCAUCAAAAACCGCAAAUUAUGCUGGUGCAAAAUCAGCAUGUGUUGGAUUGGGUGGUCACCUUGCAAUUAUACCAGAUGUAGAAACUCAAACCUUCAUUCAAACUAAAGGAGCUGCUUACAAGAGUGCAAGAAAAUGGAUGACAAGCAAUAAUGAUGCUUGGAUCGAUGCAGUAAAGACAUCAGAUGGAACUGGUUGGGAAUGGAGCACAACACAUGACAAGUUUUAUUUUAAAACAACUGUCCGUGGAAUUGGUCCUAAUGUAAAAAAUGGGAAGUACAACAACUGGCACAGAUAUCAGCCGGACAUGGGAAAUUAUGCAACUGUUGCAAGUGAUCUUGGUGAACAUCACCUAUUCAGCUGGAAAUCUGUGAUAGCCUCAACUAUGGCUCACUAUAUUUGUCAAAUUACAGGUGAAAUUUAUUACUUAAAAAUCAAAAAUACUCCAAACUUUAUACUUAAAAUGAUUUGUUGCUAG